AUGUGGGAGAGGUGUGCGGAUGCACUGCUAUACAAGACUCGGGUCGCGCACGAGCCACUGUUUCGGGAACAGGAACUACAAAACACCGUAUCGCGCCUGGAAGAUGACUUAAAGGCGUAUCGUAAAAGACUCGCAGACAGCCAAUCCAAGCUCACCAUCCUAGAGAGCGAGCUCGCGCGCAUGCGACCCCUGCUCAUGAUGCAGGCCACCCUCCUUCGUGGAUCUGAGUACUGGCGAUCUGAAGCAGCAUCUCCUUCUGCCACAGACCUGGCUGCCCGUCUUAGCAGGAAAGCCAAAGGAAAAGAAAGGGCUGUAGACACUGAGGGACGCUCCGCUGACACGUCGAACCCCAACGGAGCCGCCGAACAGAAACAUGAGGUAGCGUCUGACAAGCCAACGCCCGACGCUACAGCUUCAACCACAAAACCAGAAGCGCCUACCCAUUCUUCCCGCUCGGGCAAGGACAAACAACAUUCACAUCGACGAGAACGCGACAAAGGUCGUGACAAGGACAAGUCUAGGAGACACCGUCGCCGCCCGGAUCUCCCUUUAUUGGCUGACGCACGCGCAGAGUGUAUCCUCGUUGCCGCACGCAAGCUGGGUCGUGCGCGCGCUGGGAUCCUCUCCGGCCUAAUCAAGGAGCGCCGGCGAACAGACCACGAUACAGGGGCCUCUGCACAGGGGCCUAACGAAGCCACCCAAAGAGACAACGCUCCGGCUGCUGUGGAUAUCCAGAGCUCCGACAUACCAUCGAGCCCGUCCAUACCACUUGCUGAGGCUGUCGAGACACAGCAAACUCCUCGCAUUUCAACGCACAAGCCUGCUCCGAACCCGCCACCUUCCCCGUUUCCCGCGCAUCCCACGCAUCUACCCACACACUUCCACCCCUCAUCCCUCCACACGUUCUCCGCGGUUGGGCAUACUCAGGGGCGCGCCCCUCAGGGCUUCGUCUACUUUUCCCCCACUCCCGCUCCCGCUCCCCCCUCGACAAUGCCUCUCAUCGUUCCAGUAUCGUGGGUUCCACCGCCCGUCACACCUCCCACUCGCCACGCUCAAGUCAGCACCCCUGCGCGCGGCGUCGCCCCCGCAUCGACAAGCACUCCAAUGGACUCACUGGUGAGCGCUGCGCGGACGCUUAUCGAGGAUGAAGACUACGACCAGCCCGCGGACGCGGACGAGACGAAAACGGAGGGGAGCGCACCCGACAAAGAGCCUCCUCCGAAACGUCCGGACAGACGACGACGCGCCGCUGUCGCGCCCCCGGAGAGCCCUGCUCCCAAGCGGCGCCGGGUGGGUGCAUCAUCCGCGUCUCUAUCCAGCUCGAGUGCGUCGAAACGCAGCUCCAAGGCCACUGCCUCGGAACCGGUCCCUUCUCAGAAUGUCUCUACCCCGGCGGCCGUGUCGAAGGGUCGUCCUGCGAAGGAUCGUACACAAGCUGGUCCACCCCCAGCAGACCCCGAAGCCGACACGGAUGGUGACACGGACUUCGAGCCACCAGCACGUGCCGCCCCUCUUCCCCAGUCGGUCGCGCGCGUCCGGAGCGCGCUCGACGUGCUUGCAGAUCAGGCGGCACAGGAGCACCAACGACGCCCUUCUGUUACUUUGGGGAACGAGAGCGGUGAUCCGUCGCGCUUAGAGGGCGUGGCUGAGGUUGGGCGAAGGAAGGCGACGGGAACAAGAGGCAGGGGUCGAGGACGAGGGAGAGGACGGGGGAGAGGACGAGGGCGCGGGAAGUCGAUCGAGAGUGCACGGGAGCUGCAACCGGCACCCGAGGUGACAGCAGAAGAGACGGACGGGACGAUGCCCGUGGUGUGUGGUUCGUCGCCCUCUCUUGCUCUGGGACCUACGGAGAAGCCGCCCUCGCCCUCACCCCCACUUCAUCCACCCACGGCCACUCUCGAAUCUGCGGCCCUGAACACAGUCGUCGAGAACGCGGCCGAGGAUACGAAGGAACCAGACGCUGCCACCGAGCCAGCUUGUUCUCCACCUGCCGAUGGGUCGUGUGAGGAUCCAUCUCACCCUCCGACUUCACCCCCUCCGCCUCCCCCCGACCAUACGGCCACACUUCUACCACCGUCGCCUGUGGAUCAGGACACCGCUGCCCACGCCCCAUCCUCAACCCCAACCCUGCCCGCCGCAACAUCUGCAACGCCCUCACAAGAGUUGGCACCCAUGUCGCCACGUGGCGCGCUCCCCGAUGCCAAGUCGUUAGCGUCGGCGACCGAGCCUCGCGCCUCGAAGAUGCCGAUCGCCGCGCCACAUUCCGUCGCCUUCCACUCUAUUCCAGCGCCUCAACACCCUCCUAGUGGUGAUACUAGCGGCCUUGUCGUCCACGACGCGCUCCCGGACACAACAUCAACCCCGCCGCCGGAGACAUUAGAGGCAGGAAGGUCGACGGAUCUGUCACCCUCGAUGGUCCUUGGGGCGGCGACGCCCACGGCGAUGGAUCAAGGACUCGAGAGCGGGGAUGAGGACGCGGAGGGGUCGAUCGUCGACGAGGAUUAG